AUGGAGAGUGGACUGACAGAUGACAAUUUAAACUAUCAGACCAGAGGGAGACAGAAGAAAAAACUGUCUCGGGAUGAACGCACAGAAAAAUCCGAUAAACCCACUGAAGCAGCGCCCACUGUGUCUAUAGCUUUGGCUAAAGCCAAGGCAGAGACUGACACCUGGAAGGUGAAAUGUCAGUAUCUGCAGGAGAAAAUAGAAGAUUUAACAAAAGAUCGAGAUUUCCUUAGACAACAGCUGUCAGAAGCCAUCAAAAUGGACAACAACAUUCCUGACAGAAUUAAAGAUAAGCCUGCAGACAUCCCCAAAAGAAUGAAAAUCGAUUCAGAAAUUACUGAUCCAUGGCAGAUGGUAAAGCGGUACAAAUCAGUCCUGGAGUUUUUCAAAAGAGGAAGCAACAUGGCAGAAGCUUUCCGGAAGUAUGGUGUACACAAUCGUACACAAUUCCGGAACACAAUCGUGCAGAGUGCAGCUAUUGCUGAACUGGCGAUUGCAGCACCAGAGAAAUAUGCAGAAAUCAAUGAAAAACAGGAAAAGGGAGAGAAAUUAUCAAACAUAACCCAGAAAUGUCAAGACGCAAUCAUGGCCGAUGAGAACAUUGCAAACAUAAUACAAACAAUGAAAACGGAUGGGAAGUUGCUUCCAAUAAGAAAAUAGUAAAUUUUCAUG